GCUCUGCCUGCAAAAAACGCGAAUCUCUUUUUUCUCUCUCUUCGAAGGAGAUUGGGCGAAACGGAUCCGAACCAGAAAAAAAUAACUGAAAACCCUAACCCUAGCCGCGGCUUAUCCUCUUUCAAUUUCCAUCCUCUAUUCGUCUGAAAGACUGAUAUCGGAGUUGGUUUAGGGUAAGGGUGAGGGGGGUAUUGGUGUGUAGGUGGAUGCGAAGGUGGGAAACGACAAAGUUCGUUUCUUGGGUAGGUUGGUGAUGGAAUGUGAAGGCGGUUCUGGUGUUAGUGUUGGAGGUGGCUGGCGUCGGCGAUGACGUUAGGCCGAUGCCAACGGCGGAAGAAGAUGAUGGGUAGAGGUGCAGAUGGAGGUUGCGGCACUGAGGAGAGGCCUUGCCGUCCCAUAUCUAGGGUUCCGGCUAGGAUUCCGACGAGCCAGACGGAGGAUGUUAAGAAAUGUAUUUCACUUGACAUUGAUUUCUUCUCUCAGGCGCGGAAGGUCCUAUACGAGCGUUCUCCAUAUGAUGUCCCCGAGGAUGGUUCCAUUUCUGCGUUGGAUUCCCCUACGUUGCCAAAUAGACUGGCCAGUUUCUUGAAGCAGUCUGAUAGUAGGAAGAGGCAUAAAAAGUCGCAUUCUAGCGCAGAUAAGAAGUCUUCAAGACACAGCGAAAAGGCUCGUGGUGGAAAUAUCUGGGCUGAGACUGAAGAGUAUUUUAAGGACCUGGCGUUGCCGGAUAUUGAUACUGUGUUUCAGCUUUCUUCCCAUGGCUCUUUAGCUGCAAGGAAAUCUUUCUUCAUUCCUUACGUGGGUAAAGAGCGGAGUGCGGAUGUGACUUUGUCAGCAAAUGUGGGUGUGGAGUUACAGUUGAAGACGAGCCCGAGUUGUGGAGACACUGUCACGUCGGAGUCCGAUAAUGCUAAUUGUGUUGCAAAAGAAGAUGCAAAUGGUGUUGCUAAAGAAGAUGUGAAAGAGGACAGUGUGCACUUAAUGGAAAUUGACAAUGCAGGAGCUAAGGAAGAGAAAGAGAACUCAACUUCAGAUUUAUCUAGCGGUACAGAUUGGCUUUUAGGUUCUAGGAGCAGGGUUUUGUUAACUUCUGAGCGUCCGUCAAAGAAGCGGAAGCUUCUUGGGAGUGAUGCUGGGUUGGAAAAACUCUUAAUUUUCCCUCCAUGCGAUAGCAGAUCUUUUCUGUGCCACUUUUGCUGCACGGGAGACACCAGAAAUGAGUCAAACAAAUUAAUUAUUUGCGGUUCAUGUAAGGUUUCUGUUCAUCAGAAGUGCUAUGGUGUACAAAACAAUGUUGAUGGUUCUUGGUUGUGUUCUUGGUGCGAGCAGAAGAAGGACUGCAGUGAUUCGUUAAAACCUUGUGUGCUUUGCCCAAAGCAAGGUGGUGCUCUAAAACCCAUCCAGAAGAGCCUUGAAAAUAAGGAGUCAACAGAGUUUGUUCACUUGUUUUGUUCUCUAUGGAUGCCCGAGGUCUAUAUAGAAAACCUGACUAAGAUGGAGCCAAUUAUAAAUUUGAGAGGAAUAAAGGAAACCCGGAGGAAAUUGGUCUGUAACGUAUGCAAGGUGAAGCAUGGUGUCUGUAUCCGGUGCAGUCAUGAUUGUCUUGGAGUCCCUUUGAAAGAAAACUCUCUCUCGUAUAAUAUUAUUGGAACUGGGAAUUCAAUCAGUGAUCUAUCUACAUACAAAGGAACCUGUAGAACUUCCUUUCAUCCUAUGUGUGCAAGAGAAGCAAGGCAUAGAAUGGAAGUUUGGGGGAAAUAUGGGUGUGAUAAUGUUGAAUUACGAGCUUUUUGCUUAAAGCACUCAGAUGUCCAGGAUCAGAGCAGGUCCCAGCAAUUAGGAGAUCCUUGUGUACCUGGCAGUGACUCAUCUUUUACCAAUCAUCUUCCAGGGGGAUUGCCUAUGAAUAAGACUCAAAAGUUGAAGCUUGGUCUUCAAAAUGGAGAUAGAAUUGCAAUGCAUAUAGGAACUCCUGAUAACAGCUCUGGUAGAUCUGGAGAUACUGAAUCAUGGAAUGGGGAACUAUUGGAUACUAUAGCAAAUGCUGGAGUGGCAUCUGAAUGUGAUGCACAUCAACUUAUUGAUGUGGGUUUGAUGAAGAGGAGUAAAACUGAAGAUAUUAACUUAUCUGACUCCCUAAAUUCGGCAUUGAUUUUGAAGUUAAUUGACCUGGCAAAAGUCAAUGUUAAAGACAUUGCGUCAGAGAUUGGCAUCUCUCCUGAUUCAUUAAGCGAAAAAUUAGCUGAUGAUAACCUGGCUCCUGACUUGCAAUACCAAAUAGUAAAAUGGCUUAGAGAACAUGCUUAUAUGGGUACCUCAGAGAGAAAGUUGUUAGUUAGAAUAAAAUCUUUGAUUUCAUCAAGGGAUGGAGGUGGGGCAGCAGAUAUUUCUGAAGAUGUAGUUUUAUCGGAGGAUGAUAUGACAGAUCCUGUUGCUGUUAAGUCAGUUCCCCCGCGGAGAAGAACCAAAAAUAACAUUAGGAUUUUGAGGGAUAAAAAAGUUACAUGCUCAUCUGAUGAAAAUUUGGGUGGCAAUGGGAUAGUGAUGGUUGAUUGUAGAGAUGAACACAUCCAGGGAAUAUCAGAAGAUUCAAGUAAAACCUCCAUUUCUGAUGCAACUGAAAAGACUUUGACCAAGCCUGAUGGGGUGAAAGAGUCUUUGGUUGGGCAUUCGCCUAAAUGUAAAGGUGGUCAAGCUGAUCCUCCCAAUCAGAGCAUCUCCAAAAGGUGCCAUUUAGAGGAAGCUGCUGCCUCUGAGAAGAAUAUAUCAGGAAAUUCAGAUCAAGGAAAUCCUGUUUGCUCUUUUCUGAACCAUGUUGAACCAGAUAAAGGAAAACCCAUUUGCUCAAUUGUGAAUCCAGUUCUCCCUGGUCUCAUAAAAGAUGAGGGAUUUCCUGGUUUGUACGUUCACCCGUAUAUAGAGAAGCUGUUUAAGAUGCAGAGUUCGAUGCUUUCUAAUUCUAAGAACAGUCUCAAUGGAGGGAAAGAAGAUGUUUUUUGUGAAUUUGAUGGUGCAGGGGAGGGAGAUGUCUCCCGAAGGGAAGCAUCUUGCAAUGCAAGCGUUUGCUGUAAUCAUCAAAGUCAACAAUCAAAGUGCAAUGACAUGAUCUGUAAAUCUGAUCCACUAGAUUUGGAGCAGUUGGAUAGGGCUGAGAAUAUGGGUGUUUUGGAAUUAUCUCCUGAAGAUGAAGUGGAAGGGCAAAUUAUUUAUUAUCAACAUAGGUUGCUUGGUAAAGUUGUUACAACGGAUUGUCUUACUGAUAAUUUAGUUCGUAGGGUUGCUAAAACUCUUCCAGAGCAGAUUGAAUCAGCAAGGCAGCAAAGAUGGGAUGCUGUGCUUGUUAAUCAGUACCUUCAUGAGCUAAAAGAGGCAAAGAAGCAGGGUAGGAAAGAAAGAAAGCAUAAGGAGGCCCAGGCUGUGCUUGCUGCUGCUACUGCUGCCGCUGCUGCUUCUUCUAGGAGUUCAUCAUCUAGGAAAGAUGGCUUAGAAGACCCUGGUCAUCAUGAGAACAUGCUGAAGCUGAAUAAUUCUAGUGGGAGGGCUAAUGUUAGUUCUCAGCCAGUACUGCGGGCAAAGGAGAAACUUUCAAGGGUAGCUGGUCCAAACAGUUCAUCAGACAAGUACUCUGAUUUUAUUCAAUUGGUGUCGGAUAUUUCUAAAGAACAUCCUAGAUCAUGUGACGUCUGCAGACGUUUUGAGAUGAUGUUGAAUCCUAUCUUAGUCUGUUUCAGUUGCAAGGUUGCUGUACACUCGGACUGCUACUGCAAUGUUAAAGAAUCUACUGGCCCAUGGUGCUGUGAAUUAUGUGCAGAAUUAUUGUCAUCUAGGUCCUCUGGGGCUCCAUCUGUCAAUUUCUGGGAUAAACCUCUUCCUGUUGCAGAAUGUGCUUUAUGUGGUGGCACUACUGGUGCAUUUAGGAGAUCUGUUGAUGGGCAGUGGGUCCAUGCCUUCUGUGCUGAGUGGGUUCUUGAAUCUUCAUUCCGGAGGGGUCAAGGAAAUCCUGUUCAAGGAAUGGAGACAGUUUCGAAGGGGAUUGAUGUUUGUUGUAUAUGCCGUCGCAAACAUGGUGUGUGCAUCAAGUGUAGUUACGGUCACUGUCAGACGACAUUCCAUCCCUCCUGUGCUAGAAGUUCUGGAUUCUUCAUGAAUGUGAAAGGUGGUGGUGGGAAAUGUCAGCACAAGGCAUACUGUGAAAAGCAUAGCUUGGAGCAGAGAGCAAAGGCUGAAACUCAAAGGCAUGGAAUUGAGGAGUUAAGACAGAUGAAGCAAACUAGGGUUGAAUUGGAGAGGUUGCGUCUUCUUUGUGAGAGAAUCAUCAAACGUGAAAAAUUGAAGCGGGAAUUGGUUCUCUGCUCACAUGAAAUUCUUGCAUGCAAAAGGGAUCAUGUUACUCGCUCUGUGCUUGUUCACAGUCCAUUUCUUCUGCCAGAGGUUAGCUCAGAAUCUGCAACUACCUCUCUCAAAGGCCAUACAGAUGGUGGUUACAAAUCAUAUAGUGAAGCUGUCCAACGAUCAGAUGAUGUGACAGUGGACAGUACCCUUUCUGUUAAGCAUGGAGUUAAGGUUCCUGUUUCCAUGGAUACUGAUCAAAGGACUGACGAUAGCUCUACUUCCCAAAACCUGUUUACCCCAAAGCCAACAGAGAGGCUGUCCUUCUCUGGGAAGCAAAUCCCUCAUAGAUACUCUCUUGCAUCCGGUAAUCUUUUGGAUAGUGGAGGAUGGAGCUCAUCAUCAAGAAAGCACAUUGAAACGUUUGAGAAAGAGCUGGUGAUGACAUCAGAUGAAGCUUCUAUGAAGAAUUCACGGCUACCAAAAGGAUAUUGCUAUGUGCCUGUAGAUCGUCUUCCAAAGGAGGAGAUCAAUCCUGGUGAGUUGUUGGAGCCCAAUGGAUAGAUUGGAGGCCAGAUUCAUUGGUUAAUAGUGGCUGCACAGCUUUCUUUGGCCUCUAUGCCCUGCCCAACUGCAUCUGGUGGAGGCGUUCCCUAUUUGUCUGAUUGCAAGAGCAGAGUGCAGAAGUAAUGGUGGAGGUAGAGGGGUCGGUGCCUGGUUGAGAAGUUUUGGCGUCAUUUGUUGUAUAUUCAUUAUGAGAGUAAAUGUACAGUGGGAAAUGUAAUGCAAGAAAAGGAGUGGAGUUUUGGGACACAAGCUUUGUGCUUAUCAAAAAUGUGUUGCCUGCUAUGCUUGUUUUGUAUAGUGUAUGUAUAUAUUCUUGCGAUACCCAUCUUUACCUCAGAUUGAUAGAUAAAAUAAGAGCAUAAGA